CUCUUCUCUACCAGGCGUGCGCUGACCGUCCUGCCUCGCCUUACACGAGCGCUCUUCUCGUCAUCCUCCUCACCACCACCACGAUGCGCCAUCGCCUGACUUUGUUGCUCUUCUAAUCCCUUGGGCAUACUACUUGGGCUUUUCCCUGCGUUUCGGCCCAUCACGUCUCUCUCUCAUCGCUAUAUUUAGAUCUGGCGUCUUUCUCGACCCUCGCCGUCCUGGUCUCGCCUGAUUCUCGACUACUUGACUCGACGUCCUCUCCCUUCUCAUUAUUCUAAUCAAGACCCCUUCAGCCGCUCGUAGCUGGCUGCUGGAGACGCUCUCCAAUUUUCCAUUCCUUUUCGUCGUCCUCGACCUCUCUCUCUCCUCGUUAAGCGCGCGCGCUGUUCCUUCAAUUCUCCAGAUUCACCGCCGCCAUUGGUGCUCUGAACACCUUAUUAGCCGCCCACCGCUCACUCCUCGUUGCCUAGGUCUCGUGCCUAUAGGUGCGCUUGGAGGAGACAUAACAAUUCAGUCCUUCGUUUGCGACACCUGUUCGCCCUUGGCCAUCUAAACAUCUGGCGACCGGUCCCGUCGUUUCUUGCACGGUCAGGAUGGCCACCAUCACAGCCUCACCACCUGCGAUGUCUCCCCCGUUGGCCGCGGCGACCACCUCUCCUCCUAGCCUACCUCCUUUAAUCACUACCACCCCGACUGCGCGGAGGACCAGUUCGCAAAGACCAACAUCCUAUGCUGAGAGACGGAUGUCGUCCUUUUCCACGCAUUCAAAAGGUUCCUACCUUCCGCAAUCCCGGCCAACGUCCUAUGUCUUUCCUGCCUUCCACUCGAGCCUACCAUAUACCCUCGUCCGAGACUUUGCGUAUCUGACGACGCAUCCCUUACACUACGGUCCUCCUCCCAAUCAAUCGGGUCUCUCUACGCCGGCGAGCGAGUCACGAAGACUGUCGGAUCCUGCUGUCUCGUCAUGGGACGACUCCAGAGGCCAAUGGUCCGCAACCCCGCCCUGGAUAUCAGAAACAAACGCCAGCGGUCUUAGUCGAGAUCGGUUACCCGCAAUGACGUUCAAAGACGACGGCCCACCGUAUAGCGAAGAUGAAGAUAUUCAAUCCCCCAUUGUCACCACUAGCAGGCACAAGAAGCAUAAAUCCAAUGAGCGAGGGAGAUCGCCCGGGGCAGCUGGCCCCAAUCGCGGCGUUGUGGUGAGCGCAGCUGGUCAUCCAGAGGAAGCAGACGGGCCCGGCGAAGCAGUCGAGACCUAUGACACCAACGUGCUGAGAUUCCCGCACGAACCCCAACACCGAGAUUCCAACUUUGCGAAACCGAUACAGCGCAAUCUUUCCCCUUAUGGCGACGAUGGCCCCGGGUCCGAAGACGAAUACUCGGAUGCGGAAGACGAUGCCCGGUUCUCAAAAGACUACUCAUUCACCAUUGCCAGCCCGGACGAGGAAAUGCAUGGCAAGGCUGUCGCACUCUUUGAUUUCGAAAGCGAGCAUCAAAACGAAUUGCCCUUGAAGGAAGGGCAGAUCAUUCUGGUAUCAUAUCGACACGGUCAGGGCUGGUUGGUGGCUGAAGACCCUAGGACAGGCGAGAGUGGUCUAGUGCCCGAAGAGUUCGUACGCCUGGUUAGGGACAUUGAGGGCGGGCUACGCGGGCUGAAUGCUGUGACUCUGGAGGGUGAUGGCAACAUGGACAGUAUCGUCAGUCCCGUGUCAACGGAUCCCAGCUCAAUCAAUACGCCAGUACCGAACAACCAUGACUUUCCUCCGCAGCAGCAACAGGGCCCACACAAAUCCAGCAGUAAUGGUGGCACCUACGGCGAGAAGCAUCCUCCGAUCCAGUCGAACUUUAGUACCAGCAGUCGCGAUUUUAGCCCGUAUCCCUUGCCCACCAAAGGCGAUGAUGCCUCGGCGAAGGAGAGGGACAAGGAACGAGAAAAGGCGACCGACGUAAGCUAGUACCCUAUUCCGGUCGUUCCCUUGUAACGGCCCUACAACUCAAUGAAGAGGCGAAUGGCCACGGAUCGGCGAAAAGAAUAUGGCCACGACCAGCAAUCAGCGACACGCGUUAGACCGGGCCUGCGCUUCAUGGGUGAGGGCAUGAUAAAUUUUUAUUCUCUAAUGUGUUGUAUGAUAUGAUAUCCCAUGGAUUAUGCCACAAGGCAAACUCUCAAACGGCCAUGCAUGUUACACGACUGCGGGCAGGUUGGAAUGAGCCACCACAAUGUGACGGACGAAAGAUGAGGCUAUGGUACACAUGAAUCUGCGAAGCGUACCAGCGCACCAAAGAGAGAUAUCCCCUCUUGAUAGCGGGUGGAACUGAAGUUGUCCGAAAGGAGCCAACCCUGGAUUCUAGAUCUUCUCUAGCAUCGCAAAUGAGACCAUCUCACAGGGAUAUAGAUACUAAGACAUGACAAUAGAGGGAGAAUAAACACAAACAUUCCAAUCGGUAUGAAGCCAGUGGGAUUGAGCAAUGAAUC